AUGGAUCCGGGCAGUGGUGGCGGCGGCGUCGGCGGCGGCGGGAGCAGCAGCGGCAGCAGCAGCUGCGACUCGGCGCCCGACUGCUGGGACCAGGCGGACAUGGAAGCCCCCGGGCCGGGCUCAUGCAGUGGCCCUGGCGGCCCUUUGGCGGCGGCGGCGGGCGAGGCCCAGCGUGAACCCCUCAGUGCGGCCUUCAGCCGGCAACUCAACGUCAACGCCAAACCCUUCGUGCCCAAUGUCCACGCCGCCGAGUUCGUGCCGUCCUUCCUGCGGGGCCUGGCCCAGCCGCCGCCACCCUCAGCCGGCGCCUCGGCCAACAACCACGGAACCGGCAGCGGCGCGGGAGGCUCUUCGGCACCUGUGGAACCUUCUCAAGAGGAACAGUCGUUGUGUGAAGGUUCAAAUUCAGCUGUUAGCAUGGAACUUUCAGAACCUGUUGUAGAAAAUGGAGAGACAGAAAUGUCCCCAGAAGAAUCAUGGGAGCACAAAGAAGAAAUAAGUGAAGCAGAGCCAGGGGGUGGUUCCUUAGGAGAUGGAAAACCCCCAGAAGAAAAUGCCCAAGAAAUGAUGGAGGAAGAAGAGGAAAUACCAAAACCUAAAUCUGUGGUUGCACCACCAGGUGCUCCUAAAAAAGAACAUGUAAAUGUAGUAUUCAUUGGGCAUGUAGAUGCUGGCAAGUCAACCAUUGGAGGACAAAUAAUGUAUUUGACUGGAAUGGUUGACAAAAGGACACUUGAGAAAUAUGAAAGAGAAGCUAAAGAGAAAAACAGAGAAACCUGGUACUUGUCUUGGGCCUUAGACACAAAUCAGGAAGAACGAGACAAGGGUAAAACAGUAGAAGUGGGUCGUGCCUAUUUUGAAACAGAAAAGAAGCAUUUCACAAUUCUAGAUGCCCCUGGCCACAAGAGUUUUGUCCCAAAUAUGAUUGGUGGUGCUUCUCAAGCUGAUUUGGCUGUACUGGUAAUCUCUGCCAGGAAAGGAGAGUUUGAAACUGGAUUUGAAAAAGGAGGACAGACAAGAGAACAUGCAAUGUUGGCAAAGACAGCAGGUGUAAAACACUUAAUUGUGCUCAUUAAUAAGAUGGAUGAUCCCACAGUGAAUUGGAGCAAUGAGAGAUACGAAGAAUGUAAAGAGAAACUAGUGCCAUUUUUGAAAAAAGUUGGCUUCAAUCCCAAAAAGGAUAUUCACUUUAUGCCCUGCUCAGGACUGACUGGAGCAAAUCUUAAAGAGCAAUCAGAUUUCUGUCCUUGGUACAUUGGAUUACCAUUUAUUCCAUAUCUGGAUAAUUUGCCAAACUUCAAUAGAUCAGUUGAUGGACCAAUCAGGCUGCCAAUUGUGGAUAAAUACAAGGAUAUGGGCACUGUGGUCCUGGGAAAGCUGGAAUCAGGAUCUAUUAGUAAAGGCCAGCAGCUUGUGAUGAUGCCAAACAAGCACAACGUGGAAGUUCUUGGAAUCCUUUCUGAUGAUGUAGAAACUGAUUCUGUAGCCCCAGGUGAAAACCUCAAAAUCAGACUGAAAGGAAUUGAAGAAGAGGAGAUUCUUCCAGGAUUUAUACUUUGUGAUCCUAAUAAUCUUUGUCAUUCUGGACGCACAUUUGAUGCCCAGAUAGUGAUUAUAGAGCACAAAUCCAUCAUCUGCCCAGGUUAUAAUGCGGUGCUGCAUAUUCAUACCUGUAUUGAGGAAGUUGAAAUAACAGCCUUAAUUUGCUUGGUAGACAAAAAAUCAGGAGAAAAAAGUAAGACUCGACCCCGUUUUGUGAAACAAGAUCAAGUAUGCAUUGCUCGCUUAAGGACAGCAGGAACCAUCUGCCUUGAGACCUUUAAAGACUUCCCUCAGAUGGGUCGAUUUACUUUGAGAGAUGAGGGUAAGACCAUUGCAAUUGGAAAAGUUCUGAAACUGGUUCCAGAGAAAGACUAAGCAUUUUCUUGAUGACCCUGCACAAUACUGUGAGGAAAAUUGACUGCAAAAGCCUACUUCACACCGCCUUCUCAUAUUUUCUGCCCAUUGACAAACCUCUCCCCAUAUUUUGCAAGACAAAAUUCACAGCAAAAGUCCACAUUAUGUCAGCUUUCUCAUAUUGAGAGCUCUGCUAUGCCACUGUUGAAUUUUUCCCAAUAUUUUUUUCUUCCCCUCUCAAACUGCUUCCUUGGACAGAUUUGGCAAUAGCUUUGUAAGUGAUGUGGACAUAAUUGCCUACAAUAAUGAAAACCUAUAGAAAUUUUUUAAUUUUUCAUUUUCCCCUUAGGCAUACAUAGUCUUUUUCCCCCCAGGCAGAUCAUUCUGAGUGUGCGAGUGUGUGUGCACAUGUUACAAAGACAACUACCAUGUUAAUAAAAUAUUCAAUUUGAAACCCUUUUCGGUAUUUGAAUUGCUUUUGAAUAAUGUUUUUUAUCUGGAUAUAACAUUGUUGCAUUAGCUUUUUAACGUUACCAAGUAAUUGAAUGCAUUUUAUUACUUGGACUUUUCUAAACUCUUUCCCUAUCCACUACUUUAAAUGAGGCAUUUACAAACAGUAUUCAAGUUUGUAUUAAAGGAAAGAAUUAGUUUGACCUCUUUUUGAUGGUAAUGCAUACAUAUAAUUAAAUACCUUUCUGUAACUGUGACACUGCUUUAUUAGAUCUAUCAGUUAUUUUUGGUCAAUUUAUAUUUUAACAUUAUUUCUUAAACACAGUAAAUUGUUUUAAAAUAAAAGCAUACUGUUUUUUUUAUAAGAAGGCAUAAUUGUACCCCUACAAUAAAUUCCAUUACCAUGUUAAAUUAGUGGAAUUUACAAUAAAGAAAGCAUGGUGAGACCUGGCAAAACUGCCUUCUUUAGAAUUUAUAAGAGCUGCAUGCAUCUAGUAAGAAGAUUAUCAAUUGGAAGUGCCAGAUCUACAAAUUACUCAUUUUACUAUUUGUAUCACUGAUUUUAAACGUUUGGGUGUUCCUUGCUGGUUAACGAUAAAUCUCAUCCAGCAAUUAAAUGAACACAUUCUUAGGAACCAUCAGAAUUUGCACAGAUUACAGUUAACAGUGAUAAGUAGAAUCAAGCACAGUAUAAGUUUUUUUUCAACUAUUUGAAAUUGUUUUCUUAAAUAUAAAGCUGAAAUUUGUUAAACUAUGAUUUGGAUGAACCACAAUGUAGCAUUGUGGUGGUUUUUAGAUUGAAGGAUGGCUUUCUGCUACAACUCAUGACUUUGACAUUUUUAAUGAGAAUAAAUGGGAAAUGGAAAAGAAUUUCUCAGUUUAUUGGAAGCCCCCCUUGAUUUUGAGUGUUGCCAUUUAUUGAAGACUUGGCCUCUUUUAGAUUAUAAUUUAUCUCUAAAUAAGAUACAUUGUAAUUAUUUAUUUAAUGCAUUAGUUUAAUUCCCUGUAGUCUUCCUUAGAAAAGAAAAGCCUAGUCAAACUAAUUCCAAUCACAAAACCUGAAACUUAAUUUAACUCUUAUUUUCUUAACUAUAGAAAUCCCAUUCAUCUCAUGAAUGGGCUAUAUUUUAUGAACAGAGCAACAUUAUUCUCUUGCAGCAUCCUGUAACUAUACUCAUGGCUAUUAAAUUGCAUGAAUUUUAAUUCUAUUAUGUCUGCACAUCUCUGGGCUUUUAUUUUUCUGGGAAAUAUGGGAAUUUUAAUCAGUACAUAAUAACUUUUUGUACUUCCAAGUUAAUAACAGAAUAGUAGUAAUUGCUUGGAUUUUAAUGAAUCUUUAAAAACUCAAGAGUUGUUAAAAUUACUUCUAAAGAUAGAGUUCCAUUUUUAAAUUGAACACAUUUUAAAAACCAGUUAUGCUUGCUAUUAAGACAUUUACAUUUUUAGAAUAUUAUGUGCAUGUUGCCAACACUCUUAAGUAAAACAUGGCUAUUAACUGUGAAGGGCCUACAUCUAAAAUGUAAUUAUGGAAGAAAAACUUCAUGAAUUCUUGCACAUUUGUGCAAAUAAUUAUUUAACAAUAACCUCAUUGUUAAAUUAACCAACAUCAUAUGCUUUGUGAGCUUUGACAUUUUUUAGAGAAGUAUUCUUAAAGUUGCUGCAUUUUAAAUUAAUUACAAUGGAUAGUUAUUUGGAUGGGGAAAUAAAUGACUGAAAUAAACUGGCAGUGUGUGGUGAUGUUGGACCUUUAAAAAGCAAUACAGAUUCCUAUGCUGUCAUUUUGUCUUCUGCAAGUGCAGGUUUGUUUAUAUGGUUGACAAUGCAAAAAUAGAGGACAAUUGGCAGCAGAUUUGGGAUAUUACAGACCUAAACAUUUCAUCUUUAACAUAAAUGUGGUAGAACAAUUGUCUUUGCAUCUUUUUACAUUACUGAUGUUGUUUAUACAACUUUCAUGCUAGAUUAUUUAAUUAUAGUUUUUUAAAAUUAGUUAACUGAAUUUAAGAGAAGAAAGAUACCAUUGAAAUAAAUGUCUAAGUAAUUGCUAUUCUAAACCCUUAUUUCUUACUGUGGGGGGCUGGUAUAGUAUCUAUUUCUUGCUUUUAAUUUGCAAAAAAGGACUUGCCCAGUGAAAAUCUAUGUAAAAUCAAAAGAGUUGAACUGAGUAUGUACUGCCAUGAACUUAAUGUAAACAAAUAGUAAAGUUGUUGAAUUAAGCCCAUGUACAUUUGUUUGUUUGAAUUGAAAGUCUUGAUAUAUGUGAUAAUUGAAUGUAAAAACUUUGUAAAUUGUAAAAAAGUCCAGGUUGUUCACUGUAACGAGGCAAUUAAUACUUCUCUGCUAGUUAUAUAGAGUACAAGAACUGCUUUACAAUAUGGGAUGUACUUUGAGCGAGAUGCCAUCCUAUCAGCUGAGUGCUACAGAUAUUUUGGGUCAUAGUUUCAACCAGAUGCAGUUUUGUAAUCCAAGAAAAAGGUGAACCUAUGGUCAAAAACUGCUUCCAUGAUGAACUUUUGAAAAAAGUCAGCUAAACUCCCUGGCAAUCUUCAGGAACACUAUUUAUGACUAAUUACUCCGUGAUCUUUGAUGGCUAUUCCACAUGACAGCACUAUAGCACCUUUCAUCAUUGGCAUGGACUUCCUCACUGACUGCUGCUUCAUGGAUGGUAGCUUCAUUGCUUUGGGUAGGGAUUUAAGGUAGUCAAGGGACAAAUAUACAGUUUUUAUUACAGCUCUUAACAUCAGGCAACUAUCAACCUUUAAAAUCUUUGUGAAAAUUCUGGUUCCAGCACUAUAGCUCAGAUUGUAGGUUAAGUGUUAUAUUCAGUGUUGGCCUACCUUAUCAGAAUAAACUGUGCUAUCAAUCCUCUCUCAGACAUAUGUAAGGUAGAUAGCAAUCAAUAGGAUUUAGGGGACGAUUUUCUGUCUCCAAAUAAUACAGCUUUUAUUUCCUCCAGCAAAUUUCUCAGUGAUUCUAGCAGAUAGCAUCUAAUACAUUCAUGAUCUUGUUUCUUUCUUUAGAGAUCGUGCCAUGGCAGCAACUUGUUAAAUAAAUGUAAUUACAUAGCACAACUCAAAAGACUAGAUUAAAAUUUAGCAGCCAGUUGUUGAUAUUAGAUUUGAUAGUAAAUGGAAUAGAAGUGUUCUUAUAUUCCUAUAGUAGUUCAGUGGACCCCAUUUGAACCAAUUUACUGUUGGAAUUCAGACAGGGUAGAUUUGGUUCAACUUGUAAUGGUUUUGGCUCUAGGAUAUUCUUGAUUUUCAAUAUCCUAGAACAUAUUAAGUCUUCCCUUCAAUAAAUACACUUUCACAUACCUCUAAUCCUAUGCUUCCUUGAAACAGUAAUAUGCUAGCAAGUUGUUUACUAAGGAAUGUUAUAAGGGCCCUGGAGGAAAUGGUGAUUAAAACCUUUAUGUUCUCCAACAUAAGGGAAAAGCAGAGGCACCAUGUCUGAUUAGGCAGAAAAUUACACAGAAUUUCUUAAGCAACUCUUGGGAUGGCAAUUGCCUUUUCUGCCUUGUCACACAUGCCACUGUGCCAUUUAAAAAUUAACGUGGAAACCUCAGGUUUGUCCCCUCUGCCAGGCACAUUAGCUUAGUGCUUCAGAUGUCAGCCCAAGUCCCUGCUACCUCCUUUCCUGCUGCCCUGGAAGAGUAUUUUGCUGGAGCUGGAACUCCUGCAUUCAUUCCUCAGGUGAUCAUCCACAUGAAUUAGGUGAAACAGGUCUGAGCUUUGAAGGUCUGCAUUUUAAGAACUCGCAAGUGGGCUCGCAGAAAUCAACACAUCUUAGUUAGCUAGUUUCUUCUGUUUGUUCUAAAGGAAAUGUGGAUCUCUUUCAGGCCAAGGUUUAGAAUCUAGUUUUCACUAGACAGCAGGUUAGUACCUAGUUCUCAUUUAAAAAAGAGGGGGGGGGGGGCGCUAAUUAGGUUUGCUGGUUUUUUAAGAAACUAAAUUCCAAAGCAUGGCAGAAUGCUAUAGGUAGGAAUUAGGGGAAUCCAAGGUAAAGAAACCUUUUUCUUAUGAUUUGUAGCUACCUACUGUGCCUGAAUUGGUGCCUGUGUGAGGAUUAAGCCCUUAGUCUGCUCUUGCAAUUACUAAAAUGACAAGUUUAAAAGUACUUGCUUUUGUAAUAAUAAAAAUUGUCACCUACUCUUUUGAA